AUGAAGACCGAGGACUAUAGACCGCAAUCGACAUCUAGAAUUCAACUACCGACUUCAGCGUCUUCAACAUCUACAAACCGGAAGCCGAAGAGUUCAACACUCUCCUGGCGCAUCUUGGUUUUGUUCGCCAGCCUCGCUAUCUACGCUAUGUACAACGGCCUAGCUACUUUGCGCCCGAUGGCCAACGGAUUAUCACGGUGUACGAACUCGAUUUUCAUCCCAUUCAUCUACAAUUUCAGCCCCAAACAUGUUCCACAAGUCAUGUGUAGCAUCGAAGGGGUCGAUAUCAAGAUGCCUGUAGACACAGGGUCCACCGGCACGUUGAUAGGAGCCCCAAUACUUCCAAAUGUAUCGUCUACCGAGGGCAAACCAGCACACCACUUCUUCACGAGCAGCAAGAUUCUCUACGUAGGUCGACUGGUGAAGCUUCCGAUGGACUUCAUCGGCGAGGCUGGCUCCUACGCGACCGCAAAUCUGCCUGUUUUGAUCGUCGACAAGAGUUGGAGAUGCCCUUGGUAUGAUCCCAGUAAAGACCGGUUCGAAUGCCCGCCAGGCCCAGACGGGGAGCGGGCCGAAGAGAGGGACACUUCGCAAAUCACUUACAUGGGUAUUGGCUUUGGAAGAAACGGCCCGAGAGACGGCAUGCCAUAUGCGACACCGAGCGUCAACCCGUUCUUGAACAUCGACUCCAUCGACGGGGAGCCGAUAUCAGACGAAGCUUUGCGACCUGGAUAUAUCAUAUCGACUGAGGGUGUACAGAUAGGGUUGACGCCGAAGAAUACAAAAGCCUUUGCAUUUUCGAAUCUAGAACCGGGCCUGAACCAUAGCGAAGAUGUGAGGGAUUGGGCCAUGGCAAAGAUGAGCUUUAGCAUCGACGGUGAAGAGCAGAACCGUGGUACACUGCUGGUCGAUACUGGUAUAGCGCAGAUGUACAUCAGAGCCGAACAGGGCGUGUCGAUACCGACUGUCAUCGUACCCAAUCCCAACCCCGAUGGCCACGCAAAGAUGGUGAAGCGCGUGAAGCCUGGAACCAACAUCACUAUUGGAUUUCCGUCGCUAGACCGACCGGCAACUUCAUACUCGUUUGUUGUUGGCGAGAGUUCGGCCAUCCAACCCACUUAUGUGUUUCCGCAGCUACCUGAACAUCCUCCCUAUGUCAACACUGGACGGAACUUGUUGUUCGGUUAUUCGAUAGCUUUCGAUGCCGUGGAAGGGCGUUUCGGCUUUCGUCAGGUUGGCAACCAUGCCUCUUCGUCUGUACUAUAG